ACACUUUCCUUAAUAUCUUAGUUUAUGUGCCAUUAUAAUAACGGCAAGCUAGCUCACUUGCUAAGUCACUGAUUCAAAUAGUACUUAUACUACUACAAAGAAUGAAUGUAUAAAUAAGAUUAACACCACCACACACCUAGCUUUCUUGUCCCAAUAUGAAGUAGAAAUGCAGCAAAAUUGCUCAGUUCUGUGGUUUUCUGACACUCCUACUACCUCUCACAGACACUCAUUGUUUUACCAAGACUCUUGAUUUUUAGUAUAUACUGUAUUUUUCUGAUGUUAUACAUGCAUUUUAGAUAAAGAGAGAAGAGAAAGAUUCAUUUUUGACAAUUGGAGAGUUGGAUAUGAGUUCAUUUUCUAAAUGGGUGUUUGGGUUGUGCAUUUUGGGGAUUCUUGCAUGUGGGGUGGUGAAAUGCAGUGUUACUUUUGAUAGAAAGGCUCUGAUUAUCAAUGGGCAGAGAAGAAUUCUCAUUUCUGGUUCUAUCCAUUAUCCCAGAAGCACUCCUGAGAUGUGGGAAGAUUUGAUAAGCAAGGCUAAAGAUGGAGGUCUUGAUGUUAUUGAGACUUAUGUGUUUUGGAAUGUUCAUGAGCCUAGCCCUGGCAAUUAUAACUUUGAAGGGAGAUAUGAUUUGGUGAGGUUUGUGAAAACCAUUCAAAAAGCAGGGUUAUAUGCUCAUCUUCGAAUUGGGCCUUACGUUUGCGCAGAGUGGAAUUUCGGCGGCUUUCCUGUUUGGCUGAAAUAUGUGCCCGGGAUUAGCUUCAGAACAGAUAAUGAGCCAUUCAAGAUGGCAAUGAAAGGUUUCACGGAGAAGAUAGUCGAUAUGAUGAAGGCCGGAGAUCUAUAUGAAUCUCAGGGUGGCCCCAUUAUUCUAUCCCAGAUUGAGAACGAGUAUGGUCCACAAGCGAAGAAACUAGGCAAUCCUGGUCAUCGAUAUAUGACUUGGGCUGCGAAGAUGGCUGUGGGGCUCGAUACCGGUGUUCCUUGGGUGAUGUGCAAGGAAGACGACGCCCCAGAUCCUGUGAUCAAUUCGUGCAAUGGUUUCUACUGCGAUGCUUUCACCCCGAACAAGCCUUACAAACCGGCUAUCUGGACCGAGGCUUGGAGUGGCUGGUUUACUGAAUUCGGUGGUCCGAUUUACGAGAGGCCAGUUAAAGAUUUGGCAUUUUCUGUAGCUAAAUUCAUCCAAAAUGGGGGUUCAUUUGUUAAUUACUACAUGUAUCAUGGUGGCACGAAUUUUGGUCGCUCUGCUGGAGGCCCUUUUAUAACGACAAGCUACGACUAUGAUGCUCCACUUGACGAAUAUGGUUUGAUCAGGCAGCCUAAGUAUGGUCAUCUUAAAGAGCUUCACAAGGCUGUUAAACUAUGUGAGAAAGCUCUUGUUUCAGCUGAUCCCACUGUGACUUCACUAGGAAACCUUCAGCAGGCUCACGUAUACUCUUCAAAAUCAGGAGAUUGUGCAGCCUUUCUUUCAAAUUAUGAUACCAAUUCUACGGCAAAAGUGAUGUUCGAUAACAUGCACUAUAUCCUGCCUCCUUGGUCGAUCAGCAUACUUCCCGACUGCAAGACUGUAGCCUUCAACACAGCCAAGGUUGAAGUCCAAACAUCACGAUUGGAUAUGCUGCCGAGCAAUAGCAAAAUGUCUUCAUGGGAAACGUAUAAUGAAGAUUUGAAUUCUUCUGGUGACGGCUCAAGUUUUUCCGCAGUCGGCCUCUUGGAACAAAUAAAUGUCACUAGAGAUGCUAGCGAUUAUCUUUGGUACACAACUAGCGUUGAUGUUGACUCGUCAGAGUCCUCUCUUCACGGUGGAGAGCUCCCAACUCUUCUCAUUCAGUCAGCUGGUCACACUCUGCAUGUUUUUGUGAACGGAGAGCUUUGUGGUUCGGGUUAUGGGACGAGGGAGAAGAGGAGAUUCACAUUUCGCGGAGAAAUCAAUCUUUGUGCAGGAUCAAAUAGGAUUAGUCUCCUCAGUGUCGCCGUUGGACUGCCAAAUGGUGGUGGACAUUUUGAAACAUAUGUGACUGGAGUCCAGCCUCCCAUUGUAUUGCAAGGACUCGACCGGGGAAAAUUGGACUUGUCGUCAGUAAAAUGGACGUACAAGGUUGGACUCAAGGGAGAAACGAUGAAGCUUGUCUCUCCAAAUAGCGUUGCCUCGGUCGACUGGGCAAAGGCUUCUUCACUAGUUGCCCAGAAAGAUCACCCUUUAGCAUGGCAUAAGACGUACUUCGACACACCUGAUGGAGACGAGCCACUUGCUUUGGACAUGAGUACCAUGGGAAAAGGCGAACUGUGGGUCAAUGGCGAGAGCCUCGGAAGAUACUGGACAGAAUACGCUGCUGGUAACUGCAAUGGGUGUAGUUACGCGGGGGUCUAUAAGCCUCCAAAGUGUCAAAUUGGUUGUGGAAAACCAACUCAGAGAUGGUAUCAUCUACCAAGGUCAUGGCUAAAACCAAAACGGAAUCUCCUUGUGCUUUUUGAAGAACUAGGAGGUGAUCCGAAAGGGAUCACUCUCGUCAAGAGGUCAGUGACUACAGUUUGCGCAGACGUCACUGAGUAUCAUCCAAAAAGUAAGAGAUGGCGUACCGAAAGCAACGACAGAACACAAGUGUUCCACCAACCAAAAAUCCACCUUCACUGUGGUCUGGGGCAGUCCAUAUCUUCCAUCAAGUUUGCCAGCUUCGGAACUCCUUCGGGAAUCUGCGGAAGCUUUCAGCAAGGAACAUGCCAUGCUCCGACAUCAUACGACAUCUUAAAGAAGAAAUGCAUAGGGAAGCAAAGAUGCUCAGUGACGGUAUCAAACAGUAACUUCGUGAAAGAUCCAUGCCCCAACGUGUUCAAGCGCCUCUCAGUUGAAGCAAUAUGUGCCCCUCAAAAAUAAUAUGCAUUGCGCAAGCAAAAGAGGAACAAGACGAGAAUAAAACGGACCAGUUCUGUUUUGUGUAGCUGUUGUUGCACACCUGAUUCAAAUUGCAUAGUUCCAGAUAGUUUUUUCUCUGCUGUUUGUAAUCUAAGUGUAGGAAUAAAUAAAAUUCUAGUGUGGCUCAUGGGGAAAA